GUGUUGCUGAAGACGGUGCGACUUCCUUGCUUGAAGUAAAGGUCCACGUCAGCAGCAGCACAAACAUGCUCAGUGCUUUUGGCUACCCCUUUUCUCAAGUGCGCAGAAGCAUACUUAUAAUUAGCUAGCGCGCCUAUUAUAGACUUUCGGUAUCUUUAUGUUCAGCGCUGGCAGCUGAGACCAGCGCUAACCGUUCACUUGCCUCCGGUUUGGAACGUUUCGCUAUCAGUAUGGCCAAGUUUCGAAUAGCUUUGCUUUCUGUGCUUGUGUGAAUAGCUUCUAACCACUAUGGGCGGCGGCCGCUAAGCUGUCUUAAAAGUCUAGCUGCAUACGCCAAUAUAUAAGCCAAUAAACACCGCCAUGGAGUUUGUAGAAAGCAUGUCCAGGAGCGGUAACCCCGCUAGGGUUAUGCGCCUUACAGUCGUAACCCUUCAGGAGCGCUCGAACUGGGUCAGCAUCUCCAGCCACCUGGCCAACCAGCUCCUCAACCUGCAAACGCUGCCCGUGAUCCUUCAGCUGCGUGUGCUGGACGCCUCAGGCUUGCCCUCCAAAACAACCCAUCAUGUGGCCUGGUCCGGAGCCGUACUGCCGUACAGCAGCAGCGCUGUUGCCGCCUCCUCCGGCAGCAGCAGCAGCGCGGGUGGCGGCGGGCUGCUGGGGCUGCCCGCGGCGCUUGCGGGGUGUCUGGGGCUGCGGGCGGGGCUGGCGGUGCAUGCCGUGCCGCUGCUGGGGGUGCCGGCGGGCACUGUGGUGGAGGUGGAGCCGGCGGGCGCGGACGACUGGGAGGUGGUGGCGGGCAACGCGGGGUUCCUGGAGGACCACAUUCCGGAGCAGGUGGGUGUGCUAGCUCGCGGGCAGCCCUUCACCGUGUACGGCCGCGCGGGUGCGGCAGUGCGCCUGCGGGUGACCGCCACGCAGCCCACCGACCUGGUGCGGCUGGUGGCCGGAUGCGAACUGAGGGUGGCGCCCAAACAGCGGCAGCGGGCGGCGGGGGCGGGGGCGGGGGCUGGAGGGCGGGGGGCUGCCGCUGGGGCGGCAGGAGGCGGCGAGGAGACGGUGGUAGUCCCACUGACGAGCAGUGACAAUGGUAGCGGCAGCGGUAGCAGCGGGCGGCUGCUGCCACGGCAGCAGCACCAGGGACCGCAGCAGCAGUCCCAGCAGCAGGAGAGGCGGACUGGAGGCUUGCCCUCCUACGCGUCGUGGGGCCAUUCCGCCAGCAACGGGAACAGCAGCAGCAGUUACGCGAAUGGAAUCGCAAGCUACGGAUCUGGAUCGCCACGUCUGCAGGACGGCAGCAGCAGCAGCAGCAGCGCUGCUGGCGGCGGCGGCGCUGGCGCUGGCAGUUGGUCGGAGGCCUGGGACCGGGGCAGCUCGGGACUGCAGGCGCGGCCUGCGUGGGCGGGGCAGGUAGAGAAGCCGCCCCCGGGCCGACCGGCUCCGGAACCCGUGGUGGAGAGCCGAAAGAGCGUCGCAGAGAAGGUGGCGGAGGUGGAGGCGGCGGCGGCGGCAGCAGUAGCCAACGGUAAUGGUGGCGGCAGCGGCCGGGCUGGUAGCGCGGGCUCCGGCACUCCGACCGCCCGGGCUCUAGCCCAGCGUGCGGCGCCGGCAGGGGCGAGUCCUGCCGUGGAAGGUCCAUUCGGGGAGGUUCCUGCAGGGGCGGGCCCUGCCGGGGCGGGCAGCUGGUCGCAGGCGGCUGCUUGUGGUGAGGGGUGCUGCGGGGCUGUCGGGGCACCGCUGGACCCCUCCCCCGCCGCUGGGGCCGCAUGUGGUGGUGCUGCUGCGGCUGUCAGUGCAGCUGUAGGCCCAAUGAGUGGAGUGAAAGGGGUGGGCAGGGGGCCGGGGGCACAUGCAGCCUCCCAGGCAGCCGCUGUGUGCGCCACCUCCUCCUGCAUCUCAUCGCCGACCAAAGCGGCUCACGUUGCGGUGGCUGCGGCUGCGGCGGGGCCCCCCGCUACCGCUAGCCCCGCCACAGACGCACCUCCCCCUCCGCCGCCCUCCUCCGCACCAGCCCAUCCUGCCCCUCCUGCCUCGCUGCUGCCGGCCCCGCCGCUGCAUGCCUCACACGACCGCAGCAGCAGCAGCAGGUGCAGCGGCCCGCAGGGGGCCAGCAGCCUCCUCCCGGCAGCCCCGGAGGACCAUCAGGACACGCGGCAACGGCAGCAGCGGCAGCAGCAGCCACCUGGACAAGAUGGGGAGCGGGAUUGCCGACAAGCACACGCUGAAGAGCAGCAACAGCGGGAGCAGCGGCGGCGGCAGCUGCUGGCGGCGCUGGUGCCCCAGCCGCUGCAGCUGCGGGUGCUGAACCCGCCGCCCGCUAGGUACCUGGUACCGCUGCCGCCGCCCGCUGACUCACCUCGCCUACCUCCAUCUGCACCUCCUGAGGAGCAAGCCCCCAGCAGCGGGAGAGGUGUAGCUGCUGCUGUGACCACAUGGUUGACGCUGGCGGUGGCCGUAGCGCCGCCAACGGCUGCUGCGUUGCUGGGCAUGGCUCCAGCACGGCUCCAGGACGAAGGGGACACAGACAGCGGCAUCGCAAACGGGGCGCUGGUACGGCUGUCCGGCCGCGGUGCCGUACGGGAGGUUCUGGGCGUGUUGGUUUCGGAUCCCUCGUGUCCCGUGGGUCAUGUCAUGCUGGCGCCGCCGCUGCAGCAUGUGCUGUGCGUGCUGCCGCACAUGCACGUGACGGCGGCGGCGGUACCGCUGGCGGCGGAUGCAGCGGAGGCGGCGGAGGCGGCUGCAAUGCCAACGUUGACGUUGCAUCCGCUGCCGGUGCCGGAGCUGCGGUUCAGCAGCGGUGGCGGAGGCGCCACAGCGGCCCCAGGCGCCGCUGCCGCCGUCCGAACAGGCAGCAGUGCAUCCGCGGGUGGGCAGGCUGAGGACGGGCUGCCGUACCACCAGGUAGCGCUGUUGUCUGUUGCGAGUACGGCAGCGCUUCCUGCCGUACAGCCUCAGGACCUGACAGCUGCCGUACAGCAGUGGCUGGCGGCGCAAAUGGAGGGUAUUCGCCGGGCCGUUCUGUCGUGCAGUUGUUGCUGUGGCUGCCCGGAAGAGAGGGUCAGCGCGAUUGACAAUGGUGGUGGUGGUGGCGGCAGUGGGGGAGGCAGUGAUCCAGGGCUCCUGCUACCGCUAACAUCCGGAAUGGUUGUCCAUUUCCGUAUUCAUGCGACCGUUACUUCAACAGCUGCGGCUGCGGGCGGCGUGCCAACAGCAGUUGCCAUCAGCAGCAACGGCAGCGGAUUAGGAGGCGGAGGUGGUGGUGGAGGCCUUAUGACGUCGGCACCACCGGGGGACUACUGCUUGCUUGUGCAUGCGGUACGACAAACCUCCACGCCUGCUGCUGUACAGCAGGGCAGUGCAUCUGCAACCCAACCGCCACAACCCCCCCAACUGCCCCCGCUGAUCACCCAGCGCAUGCUUGCUGCCUGGCUGCCCACCUCAGCUCCACCCGCACCACCCGCCUCCUCCCCCGCAACCCAGGCAGCACCCCCAACAUCUGCUGCCUCCCGCGCAGCAGCAGCAGCAGCAUCCAGGCCGCACCCCCCGGCAGUCAAGCUCGGCCAGCCUGUCGUACUGCAGGAGGUGUCGUACGCCGCCUCGCGUCAUGCGGCCGUACUGUCGGCGCGGCCGCUGCCGCCACCACCGCCGCUGGUCAGCCCCGCAAGACCUUGUUCAGCGGUGCCGGCGGCCGUGCGUGAUACACCCGAGCCAUCAUCAUCAACAUCAGCAGCAGCAGCAGCAGCAAACGCAUGCUCGAUGAUGGCACAGGAGGCGGGGCGGCGGGGACAAGAAGCGGUGGCCCGCACGGAGGGCUCCCCCGCAGCGGCAGCAGCCUUGGAUCUCGGACGAUUGGAUCUCGGACGAUUGGAUCUCGGACGAUUGGAUCUGGGUUUGGAUCUGCAGCACAUCAGCUGGCUGGAGGAGCCCCUGGAGCGGUGCUUGCGGCGGCUGCUGCCGCAGUUGGACCCACGGGUCGCUGCGGCGCUGGCGGCAGCGGGCCUCCCCCGCUGCGGCGGCGUGCUGGUGACGGGGCAGCCCGGCAGCGGUCGCUCGCAGCUGCUGUCGGCGCUGGGUGACGUGGCGGAGCGGCUGCCGGGCCCCGCCUGCUGCCCAGCACACGUGCUGCAUGUGCGCUGCGGACAGCUGGCGGGCGGCUCCCACGGCUCCACCACCUCCGCCCUGGCCUCCCUGGCCUCCCAGGCACUGUCCUGCUCGCCCUGCCUGCUGCUGCUGGACGACCUGGACACCCUGUGCCCCGCGGCGGCGGAGGGUUCCGACUACGGCACGCAGCACCCCGAGGGAGCAGCCGCCGCCUCGCGACUCGCCGACUGGCUGGCGACACUCAUGGACGAGCUGGCGGCGGCGACGGCGGCGGCCGUACAGGGCGACGGGCCGGCGGGCGUUACGUCGUCGUCAAUGGCGGCGGCGGCGCCAGCGAUUGCGAUUGCGGCGACUGCCCGCGAUGCUGCUGCCGUACAUGCAGCACUGAGGCGGGUGGGGCGACUGGACUUCGAGGUGCGGCUGCCGACCCCCGGGUCGCUGGGUCGUGCCGCCAUGCUGGCUGCGUCCGCCCGGCAGCGGGGGCUGGCGGUGGACGCGGGGCAGCUGGCGGCGGUGGCGGGGGCGGCGGAGGGGUACGAGGGGGCGGACCUGAGGCUGCUGCUCGACAGGGCCAUCCAUAACGCCCUACGCCGCCAGCUCCGCCAACCCCAGCCGCCACUGCUGCAACCUCCCACCACCACCACCACCACCACCACCACCACCACCACCACCACCACCACCACCACCUCCUCCUCCUCCUCCUCCUCACCCCCCCUGCCCCCCGCCGCCCCCGUGUCUCUGGCGGUCACGGAGGCCGACCUGCGCACCGCGCUGGAGGGGUUCGUGCCCGCCGCCUUCUGGGGGGUGCAGCAGGCGGCAGCGGUGGCGGGCAAGGCUGAGGGCUGGGAGGACGUUGGCGGUCUGCCCCAUGUGGUCUCCGCCCUGCGCGAGGCGCUGCUGCUGCCCGUGCGGCACCGGCGGCUGGUGGCGGGGGCGCCGCUGCGGCUGCGCACGGGGGCGCUGCUGUACGGCCCGCCGGGGUGCGGCAAGACGCACGUGGUGGGGGCGGCGGUGGCGGCGGUGGCGGGGAUUGCACCCGUGCGCUUCCUGUCCGUCAAAGGCCCCGAGCUGCUUAACAAGUACAUCGGCGCCUCCGAGGCGGCGGUGCGGGAGCUGUUCGCGCGGGCGGCCGCAGCGGCGCCCGCGGUGCUGUUCUUCGACGAGUUCGACGCCAUCGCGCCGCCGAGGGGGCACGACUCCACGGGUGUGACCGACCGCGUGGUGAACCAGCUGCUGACGGAGCUGGACGGGGUGGGCGGGCUGCGCGGGGUGGUGGUGCUGGCCGCCACCUCCCGCCCCGACCUGGUGGACGCGGCGCUGCUGCGGCCGGGGCGGCUGGACCGACUGCUGUUCUGCGGGCCGCCGGAGACGGAGGGGCAGAGGCUGGAGAUCCUGCGUGCGCUCAGUCGGCGGCUGCCGCUGUCGGGCGAUGUGCAGCUGCGGAGGCUGGCGGAGGCCACUGCCGGCAUGACGGGUGCGGACCUGGGCGCCCUGCUGUCGGAGGCGCAGCUGCUGGCCAUCAACGAGGCGCUGCAG